CGAAGCUUCAUCCUGCAAGCUUCCUUCCUCUGUAUCAUUGGUAUCAGAGCCAUUUCGUUCCAGGAUUAUCAAUCAGAUCCAAUAGUUUGCUGAUUCAGAGCUGGCAAACACGCGUGCGCGAUCCAAAAUGGAGGAAUCAAUUAAGAAAAUGAUGGAGCAACAACAAACAUGGAUGUCGACUCAAAUUCUGGAACAAAGACGAUUGAUGGAGGAACAAAUUCACCUACUGACGGCUCAAUUACAUGAAUUGCGGACCAGUUCAUCCAGCAAUCAAUCGGGAGGCGGAAGUCCAUCUACAAACUCAGAAGAAAGUCGAUCUGGCAACUAUACAUCUGAAAGGAAAGGCUGAGACUUGGUAUAGUAACUAUAGCCAGUCGAAAAUCAAUGUGGUGUGGGAGGAGUUCAUUGUGGAUUUGUGUGUAAGGUUUAAGGAUGACAUAUAUGAUAAUGUGGUUGAGGAGUUUAACAAAUUGAGCCAGACAUGUAGUUUGGAAGAAUACAUUGAUAAGUUUGAAGAGUUGAAGGCAUCCCUGUUGCAAAAAAGGCCUAAUAUGCCACCAGAACAUUUUUUGGACAGCUUUAUAGCCGGGCUUAGGCCUCAGGUUAAACCGUUUGUGAAAGCUUUUGCUCCAUCUUCUUUGGCUAAGGCCAUUAGCUUUGCAAGGUUGCAGGAAGAUACUCUAGAAGCAUGCAAAACUCAUGAGAAGGGCGGUAAGACUGGGCCUUACACCGCUGUAUCAACAAGGAGUAACAUUCCCCUACUGGCUAGGCCUGAUUUUGUGCCCAAAACUGGCAUUAGCAUGACUGAUUCUGCUAAAACUCCCAACAGCAACCCGGUGGCCAACUCUUAUGGAAAGUCACAAAACCAUGCUCAGAAGAAUCCAAGGUUCAUACCUGCCACUGUGAGGGCUGAGAAGAUUGCAAAAGGACUGUGUUAUUAUUGUGACAAGCCCUAUGAGAGGGGGCACAAGUGUGAAAGCAAAGAAACACACAGUCCUGGCCAGAAGGGUAGCCAAGCGCAAUCAAGCAGCACACACUCAAUUCUUGGUUCAGUGGACUGGACAGGCAGCAGAAGAUGCAACUUGGGAAUGGGCAGCAGACUUGAAGCUCAAAUUCCCAACGUUUCAACCUUGAGGGCAAGGUUGCUUUCCAAUGGGGAUAGUAUGAUACAGUCCUUUGCUAUAUUGACCACGUGGGUAAUUGCCUUAGCUGGGAAAGGAGAUCUGUCCGCCGGCGUUCCCUUCCCCGUGACGAUUAUGAGACAUCACCACCAUCCGAGCCCCUGGUGCCAUUGUCGUAUUUAAUUUUCGACCCUAGGUCGGCGCCACCAUCCUAGCCACAACAACAAUGACUCUGGCGACCGAUGUUGUUGCAGUCUGACUUUGAUCUUGUGAACGUACAUGGAUGGGUGAGACUUUGGUGUAUCGGAUUGGACGGCUUGUGGCCACCAAAUCGAAGCCUGUAUUGAAAGUGGAGAAAGGCUUGGAGCAAAAGACUUUAAAAUCUUUGAGAGGAAUGCUAGGGGUCUUGCUUUGUGUGGUGGAGAUGGAGGGGUACAAAUGGGGUACCCUAAAUGGUGUACCCCUAGCAUUUUUGAAUCUUUGAAUGUGGCCAAGGAUUUGUUUGUAAAGUUUCCAUAAAGCUAUUUGUACCCC